GGUCCUUUCAUGACCAGUUCAUGAUUUUCCAUGUCCAAGCAUGCACGCCUUUUCCCAUCGUCAUGCUCCAGCCAGUUGUGACACUUGAACCCGCCAUGAAUCCAUGGCUCAAGACUCGCAUCCGCGUGCCAAAAGGUGCGCGUUCCUCCGGGCCGUUGUCAGUUUCAUACAACACUGCGGCGGUCAUCAGGCUUUUGCCACUUGACGUUAGGAUCAGCGCUCCGAAGUUCACGAACUGCUGCGCCUGCGACGACAUCUGCAUUUCCAGCCCUCCCGGCACCAAAUAAUAGUGUGUCAUAAUGCCACAACAAAAAUCAACAAAGCACCAUUCCAGCGAUGGCGGGUCGGCUGGAACCGUCCCAAGUUCAGAUCGCGGCAUGUUUAGCGAGUGGCCAGAUGCUUUUUGGUGCCACCGCAGUGGUGGGCCGUGUUGGGCUGAGAGCGUCAAAUCCUUUGGCCUUCAGCAUUUGGCGCUUCUUAUUUGCAGCGCCAGUUCUUGAACUCGUUCUGGCCUGGCACAAGGGCUGGAGCUCGGCCAUUCCUCAGCCGAGCCGAGUCCUCCUUCUCUGUGCGGCGUGCCUGGUCGGUGCCAACUUGGGAAUGACGCUGGGUGUGGUUCUAAGCGGCCAGGUGACAGCGACCGCAUGGCAGCCGCUGCAGCUGGUAUUCACCACGUUCUUCUCUCUGAUUCUUGGCUUAGAGAGCGCAAGCUUCCAGAAGAUGCUGGGCGUAGCCUUGGGAAUGGCAGGGGCUUGUAUCAUUGUAUUCUUAGACCCUGGCAUGUGGGAGAACUACAUGGAGAUGCAGAGUUCCGGCUGGGGCCAUCUUGCUCUUCUUGUCAACUCUCUCUCGUCCUCUUCGAUGGUGGUCCUGAGGCGGCGCCUCAUCGUUGGAAGCGGCCUCUCUGCUAUGCAAAUUAUGGCCUGGACCCAUCUCUUGGCACUGCCAUUGUUGAUUCUUCUGGGCCUUGCGGGCAAUCAGUCUGUCGCUUUCAGAGCUGCGGCCUGCAAUGGCUGCGAGAGUUUGACGGCUCCUCCAACAUCCUCCAUAGGUUGGAUGGCACUGGCGUUUUACACUGUUGUGCCCACCAUGCUGUGCCAAAGCCUAAUGACCUGGUCGGCCAAGCAUGCAGAGCCCACCAUGAUUGCGAUGUUCUCGGUGCUGCAACCUCUGGCAAGCGCCUCUCUGUCCUGGAUCUUGCGAAGCGUUGCGCCAAGUCUACGCGAUACACUCCUGCCACCACAGUGGAACAUGCUCGGCGGCUUGCCAGUGAUGGUGGGUGUGUGGUUGGUCUCUCGUGCGUCUGCGCCACCAAAGGCGAAGACAAGUCCGCUCAAGACAAAAGCAAGCUAGCUGCUGGUGGUGUUCCUGCUUGAUAGCUGGUGCGGUCCGGCCAGCUUGACGCGGACGAUUGCUCAAGAUAGUUGGGCUGUUCAUGAACUUCAGCUUGCCCUCUGGAGAUGAUUUGUUUGAACGACUGAGAUUGCUUGGAGGCAUGGUUUGGGACCUGCUGAAGGAUCACGAAGUACGUUCCUUCUCGAGCUGGUCGAGUGGUGAGCAGCACGCCAUGCUUCCACUGGAUGUCAAGUGAAUGGUCAAACCGAUCCAGGGUUGAAGAGUAAGCUUUCCAAAUGGGAGCUGCGGACAAUCAUGAGAUCUAAAGUAAAGCGUUGCCCAUGCAACACAUGAAUGUGCAGACAGGACAGGAGCUGUCUGCCGAACAUGUCAAGGCGGUUCUAAAAUGUUCAAAGCCGCUGUGCCUGCUUUGUGAAAGUGUUAGAGUUAGAGUUAGAGGGACGAUCCCGAUAUUUGCGUCA